AUGACGAGGCCACGCCCCUUUGUUGCACAGCGCUGGCAUGGGCGGGGAAGGGGGGGCGGGCGGUGGCUGGCCGGUCGUGCUUUUCAAGGCGGGACAAAAGCGCGGAGGGCGGGCGAGUGGUGCCCCCGGAGGAUGGACGCCCUGGGAGGAAGGAGGUUGGCCACUAAGGCACCAACGAUGAUGUCAAUUGUCACAGAUGAACAGAGUCGAGACAUCUCACCCAGCUGGUACCUGGCUCGAGCAGGCAGCCCUUCCCCAGAGCAGGGCUCACUGGAGAUAGCGGCGAUGAAGCCAGCUGCCGUGAUCCCAGAGUCCCAGAUGAUGCCAAAAAAUGACCUGGAGCUCAUCAGAGCUCAGCUCCAGGCCCAAACCAAGGCUUUUCAGGCCCUCAGUCACUCCAUAACUUUGUUGGAGCAAGAGAGCCGCCAGCAGCAGGAGAGGAUCAAGAAGCUGGAAGAGGAGGUACAGUUUGCUGUCUGCUCACCUUGUGGGGAAGCAUUUGAUGGCCUACUGAAAAGAAGAAUCCAGGAGGUUUGGAAAGCAGUGGCCAAAGAGGUUGAAGGACUACAUGGUUCCAUGAUCCAGAAGGAAAACUCAGUACAGAGCCUCUCUCAAGAAGUCCUUGAAAGUAAGAAGUUUCUUUGGGAGGAGCUGGAAGCAGUGCAGGGUGAACUGCGGUGCAUCCAUCAGAAAUUGAAGGACCAGGAGGUUGGCAUCACGAGGAACCUGGUCAGCAUUAAGAAAAUGCAGGAGAACCAAAUGAAAUGCACCAGGCUCCUGACCCAGCUGAGAGGCAAAAUCCCAGAAGAUACACCAGAAACUGUGAAUAACAAGCCAGUGUCGGAAGAGCUGAAUGACAUCUGGUCCGCUAUCAACACCCUGCGCAACUCCAUCACCAGCUGGCGUGACAAGAGAGGAUCUUCGAGAAUGAAAGGUCAGACAAGCCGCCAGCAGCGGAGGUCUGCUGUGCAGGAUUCCAGCCUUUCUGAUUCUGCCCUGCAUCAGCGUCACAGAACCUCAGAGACCAGCUCAUAGAUUAAAAGAGGUAUGGAACAAGAGUCAAGAUCCUGGAGUGAAACUGGAACCUUCUUUGGACCGGAAUUAUUGAUGGUGCAGACAUUUAUUAAAACAAACUGCUUGGAAGAAGCUUGUUCUAGGGCAUCAUUAAUGUGGAACAACGCAAGCUGCCAUGCAUUCCCUGUUCCAGGACCCGUCUGUUUGCUCAACGGGAAAAGAACUUAACCCUUGCAUAUUGUCAUCAUUAUCACUGUUUUACACCCCCCGUAAACCCUGGAAAAGCAGGAUCUGAACUAAGUAAUUCUUUUUCACUGGCUGUAGGGUACCCAUGAGGGGGUUACUCUCACUUUGCUUUGGAAGUUCGGGCUUUGCAAGUAAGCUUCAUGCCGAAUCCUUUGCUGUAGAACUAGACCCAGGUUCUGCCAGCAAUAAAGCAGAAGCACUACCCAUAAUAUUUAGGGGACUGUUUCCCAAACUAGGUGUGUGGCCCCCCACCCCCACAGGGAGGGUGAGAUUGUGAAUUUUUUAUAAAAAAAACCCCAAACAAGUAUUUUUACCUGCUGAAGUGAAUUUCUAUGGUAGAUACCACUACUAGAAUUGAAUUAAUUUGUAUGCUGCACUUUCUGUCCAUGAAAGGGCUCUGUAAGGUGACUUACAGAGAGUUUAAUACAGAUGCAGCUAAAGGCACAAU